CCUACGGCGGCUGCGAGCUAGCUAGGAGGUGUUUACAGCUGCUGUCAUGGUUCGUACGCUAAACUGCAUCGCCGCUGUUUCCCAGAACAUGGGCAUCGGCAAGAACGGGGACCUGCCCUGGCCCCCGCUCAGGUAAACAGAACUUGGUGAUUAUGGGUAGAAAGACAUGGUUCUCUAUUCCUGAGAAGAAUCGACCUUUAAAGGAUAGAAUUAAUUUAGUUCUCAGCAGAGACCUCAAGGAACCUCCACAGGGAGCUCAUUUUCUUGCCAAAAGUUUGGAUGAUGCCUUAAAACUUAUUGAGCAACCAGAAUUAGCAAAUAAAGUGGACAUGGUUUGGAUAGUGGGAGGCAGUUCUGUUUAUAAGGAAGCCAUGAACAAACCAGGCCAUCUUAGACUAUUUGUGACAAGGAUUAUGCAGGAAUUUGAAAGUGACACAUUUUUUCCAGAAAUUGAUUUGGAGAAAUAUAAACUUCUGCCAGAAUACCCAGGUGUUCUUUCUGAUGUCCAGGAGGAAAAAGGCAUUAAGUACAAAUUUGAAGUAUAUGAGAAGAACGAUUAAUGUGAAGGUGUUUUCUGGUUUAUUUCAAGUUAGUUGUUCCCCCUCCCCUCCAAACAAUUAUAGAUUUUAAUAUUAGAAAAAAAAAGACUUUUGUUGACUUUAGGUCAAUGGAUAAUUACUCUAAACAAUGAAAUUUUAUUAAUCUUACUUAGGCUAUAGUUAAGACUAAUCUUAACUAGACCAUAUCAGAUACCAUUUGUGAAACGUUUCUGGCUAUAACUGUAUGUUGCCCAUCAAGGACCAGCACCUUCCUAGGGUAGCAUAUCUACCAAGAGCCUAAGUUAGACGAUCCCCUGAUAGCAUAAGUUGAAACCAGGACUUAGAAAGAUAGGACUAGACAGAUUGUCCAAAGGUCAGAAAUGGAUUAUAAAUAGAAGAGCUAGAACUCAGAUAUUAAAAGAAAAUUAGAUCAAAAUAGGAACUUUGAGUUCUCUAUGCAUAUCACACUUCUGAAAAAAGUUCCGUUCACUCAGACAGAGAAUCUAUAAGUUGAGAACUCUAGUAUAUUCCAUAGGCAUAAUAAAGAGGCAGGUAGGAUACUACCUUUCUAAAGGUUAAAAGAGAAGGUCUGAGACCUCUAAAAACUCUGCAAUCUUCAGUGAGAUUCCAUGGGAUGUUACAAUGAUAGAAGAAGAAGAAGCUGGCCUAUAUAAAAAGAGAUUUAAUAACAA